AUGUCAAUAUCGAUAUUGUUCUCCCAUCAUAGUAAACAUUUGUACAAUGGACGUGUAAAUGACUUUGCUCUGAGCUCUAACUUUUUUUUUCAAGCCAGGUUUGCCAAAAUAUUGAGAUGGAUUCCUGACACACCUCACGCACAUUGUAUGAACAAACUGACACACUUUGAGGAUUUGGUCAAUUAUUGUUUAAACCACAAGGAUACUUUGGGCAAACGGGACAUUAUUGCCUCACUCUCUUACAUGAGAACAUUAAAGAAUUUUAAUUUAGCCUCAAAGAAUUUUUUAAAGUACAAUCAAUUCGUUCUUGACAACCUAUCAAAGUUUGAUUCAAGCAUUCACUUGCUCAUACAUAGAUACGCCAUUCUCGGUUACAACACAUCGCUGAUAUCAAUAUACGACAAGGUGCUGGCAAAUGCGCUAGGGAGCCUGGACAAUAAGGCGCUAUGUCUGAUCGCAUGGAGCUAUGCCAAAAAUAACGUUUUUAUUGAUGACCUUUUUGAGACCAUCGGUACCACAAUGAAUACCCUAAAUGGAUUUGUAGCAACACUUGUUCUAAACAGAGACUGUAAACUGAAUCUGACUGACUUGUCGCUUUUGCUGUGGAGCUUCGCCAAAAUUAAUAGAAGAGUUCCUCAUGAAAUUUUAAAGAUAAAGAAUGAAUUUUUGGGAACCAUAAAGUCUAUCUUAACCUCCCUAAGCAAUGGGCUUAGGACCGAUGAAAAGUCCCAAGGCUACUUUGACAGUGAAGGUUGGUUGCACAAGUUUUAA